AUGGCGUCGUCAACUCACGCGACUGACGGUGCCGCUGACAGCAACGACGCCAACAACAGCAACAAUGUUAAUGAAUCCAUCCCCAGAACUCGAAACCCAAACGCGCAUUGUCCCGAGACAGUCGACGCCGACGAACUCGAACAGGCCCUCAAGGACCGCGAGUCCUGGACGAAUGUCGCGUGGAAGGGCGUGCAUGUGCUCGACAUUGACGAGGGGGGGACGUCUCAUUGGCGUCGUAACUUGGAUGGUCGGGCACUGGAGAGGUUCUUGUCGGACUCGCAUCCUCCGCCCCAGAACUGCUUCGUGCGCGUAUUGUAUGCCUCUCUUUCAAUGUCCUUCCCUCUCUUUCCUAACGCAAUCCACGACCCCGACUCAUACCGCCUCUUGAAUCCCGAUCCUGGGCCUAACACACACAGCUUCCUCGAAAGUCUCGGCCCCGGCCACACAGACACCGAGAUUGGCGACGUCGCGGUCGACCCGACCAUCCUCAGACUGUUGCGCGCCCGCGUGGGGCUCUCGGACCUGUUGAUCAUGGCCGUCUGCGGGCUGGGACACUGGUACACGAUCAAGCACGGACACUUCAUCGGUUGGGAUGAGCGGAGGAAAGCCCAAUCUUUUGCCGCUACUGCGUGCACGCAGGUUUCAACUUCCCUCGCCACGGGCUCGUCGAUUUACUUCUGUCUCAAUUUCCCUCCUUCGGCCGUCCCGCGACUCGCCCUGCACAACCUACGCGUUCCGUUCAAGUUAGAUGUGGUCGUCGCAGACGAGACGCUGAGACUCUGGCAGCGAGAGAUGGCAACCAUCCGAGGCCGCAUGAAGCGAUUCGAAGCAAACGAACCCCACGAGGCCGUGGACUCGAUGAUCAGAGAGCUCCACCGCCUCUCCAGGAGUUGGCAAAUUCUGUUCCGCAAAGUCUCGGAAUUUGAAGCACAUCUCGAUUUCUUGCACGAGGUGCGGACCAGUUAUGUUUCUCUGGCUGAGCCUGCGGUGGUGCAAAGUACGAGUCAGCCUCUCGAAAAGUCCGGCGAGUCUCUGGCUUUCCUCAUGUCGAGCUGUCGCUCCCUAAGACAACUCGUCGCAGACUACAGAGCCCGCACGGCGACGCAAAUCAAUCUGCUUUUCCAUCUCGCCAACCAAGCCGAAAGUCGCGACAACAAGGAGAUCGCGGCACAGAACAAGGAGAUUGCAGAACUCACGGCCAGGAUUGCGCAGCAGACCCAGCGCGACAGUGCGUCCAUGAUUACCAUCGCCGCCGUGACCAUGUUCUUCCUCCCCGGGACUUUCGUGUCGUCGUUAUUGAGCACGGUAGUCUUCAACUUUGACGGCACCGACAUAAGCGUGUCGCAGAUGUGGUGGAUAUUGCCUGCCACCGCCAUCCCCAUGACUUUUUUUGUAUUUGCCAUCUGGCUGUUGUGGCUCAGACGGAGACUCUCGCACGACCGAAAGGCCAUGGUGACCACGGAUGGUGCCAAGUAG